AUGGGCCCCUUUUCCCUCUUGAACCGCCUCGUGUACGCGCCCAUGACGCGGUGCCGCGCGCUGGGCCUCGUUCCGCAACCCGCGAUGGCGACAUACUACGUGCAGCGCACGGUGCCUGGGCAGCUGCUCAUCACGGAAGGCACGGUUGUUUCCCCGGAAGCGAUCGGGUACCCGAACGUGCCGGGGAUAUACACGCGAGAGCAGGUGGAGGCGUGGAAGCCGAUUGUGAAAGCCGUGAAGGACAAAGGCAGCGUCUUCUUCUGCCAGCUCUGGCACGGCGGCCGGGCGUCACACCAGGACUACCAGCCGGGGGGCGCCCUCCCUGUUGCGCCGUCCGCCAUCCCCAUUACAUCCGGCGACAAGGUCUAUACGCACACGGGCGCGCACGACUACCUCACGCCGCGCGCCAUGUCUGAAGCGGAUAUCCGCGCAGCUGUCCUGCUGUUCCGCGUGGCGGCGCGCAACGCCAUGGAGGCCGGGUUUGAUGGCGUGGAGCUGCAUGGCGCUUCUGGGUACCUCAUAGAGCAGUUCCUUAAGGACAGCAGCAACAAGCGCACGGACCGAUACGGUGGAUCCAUCCCCAACCGCGCGCGCUUUCAGGUCGAAGUAGCAUCGGCCGUGACAGAGGAAAUUGGACCUCUGCGUGUGGGCGUGCGGCUGUCACCAUUCGCAGCGCUGCUGUCAGCAGUAGAUUCGUCUCCCGUGGCCACAUACGUGUGA